GGGCUGGGUAGAGAGGACUCGGGGCUCCGGGGUGUUGGGGGUUGUCUCUAGCGGCGGAGGGACGCGGGACGGUGCCAAGGCUCGCGGGUGGGGCGCAGUCAGGCCGGGGGAUCCGGGACGUAGUGGACCUGCAGGAGAGCCCAAUAGAGGGAGUUAGAGGGAUUUAGCCUCGGGAGGAGACGGAGCUGGCAGGGCUUGCAGGAAGGAGGCCGAGGUUCAAGCACCCAUAGGAACUUUCCGGGGCUGCCGAGAUCCCCCACCAUCAGCUGGCGGGGAGAGCACAUGGGCUGGGAGGCGGCAGAGACCCCGAUGCAAGCCUGACUCUGAAGGCCGAUUCUCUGGGGUUACGGCUUUAAGCGUGACAUCUGGCCUGCGGGCUCUUUAAGCAAGGAGUUGGGGGCGUGUCAGGAAAUGAGUCCCGGGCCCGCCCCGCUGGAGGAGCGGCCUCGGAUGUCCUGCGACUCUCAGGCUGAGCCGGAUCCUGCGUCGGAGAAAGCAGAACGCCACGGCUACCGCCGGCCUGGCCUUUCCCUGCGGCCUUCGGACCCCGUCUAGAGCACCUCUGACCUCCCCUACACCCCUCUUUCCAGACUCCCCGCACGCCCUCCCUCCAUUCAGCUCCCUGCAGGCCUCCCCCUCUCUCCCUGCAAACUAUCCACAGCAGCCCAUGCCUCCCUCUCUCGGCACCUAUUCCCCACGCCGUCUUCUGCUCUUUUCAAGCACCUUCGCCCUGCAUUCCUCCUUUUCUCGCCUUCCAUUCCUCUCCCCUCCCUUCUUCCUGCAACUCCUCCCUACUAGGCCCCAGCCUUUUCUUCCUUGACAGGUCAUUUGCAUGAUCGCCACCUCUUCCCUUUGUCCUAUCUCAUGUGCCCCCUCAGGGUGGGAGCAGGUUGUGCGGCUCACCCCAAAGAAGAACCUCCCAUCCAAGAGGACGGUGGAGAAGCCUCUAGGCCUUACCCCUUGUGACAGUUGAGGGCUUUCAUUUGCAGAAAGAAGCGAGCUCACUGCUCUGUACUCCAGUAAAUCAGUUCUGGCUAUAGGGUGACCCAGCUCCUCUGCUAUCAUGAACAGGGCCCCCCUGAAGCGCUCCAAGAUCCUGCACAUGGCGCUGAUGGGGGCUUCCGACCCCUCCAGUGAUGCAGAGGCCAGCGAGGAGAAGCCCUUUCUGCUUCGGGCACUGCAGAUCGCACUGGUGGUCUCUCUCUACUGGGUCACCUCCAUCUCCAUGGUGUUUCUUAACAAAUACCUACUGGACAGCCCCUCCCUGCAGCUGAACACCCCCAUCUUUGUCACCUUCUACCAGUGUCUGGUGACCACGCUGCUAUGCAAAGGCCUCAGCACACUGGCCGCUUGCUGCCCUGGUGCGGUGGACUUCCCCACCCUGCGCCUGGACCUCAGGGUAGCCCGCAGCAUCUUGCCCCUGUCAGUUGUCUUUAUCGGCAUGAUCACCUUCAAUAACCUCUGCCUGAAGUACGUGGGCGUGGCCUUCUACAACGUGGGACGCUCCCUCACCACCGUCUUCAAUGUGCUGCUCUCCUACCUGCUGCUCAAGCAGACUACCUCCUUCUAUGCCUUGCUCACCUGCAGCAUCAUCAUCGGCGGCUUCUGGCUUGGUGUGGACCAGGAGGAAGCAGAAGGCACCCUGUCCUGGACGGGCACCCUCUUCGGCAUACUCGCCAGCCUCUGCGUCUCGCUCAACGCCAUCUACACCAAGAAAGUGCUCCCGGCGGUGGACGGCAGCAUCUGGCGCCUGACCUUUUACAACAAUGUCAACGCCUGCGUCCUCUUCCUGCCCCUGCUCCUGCUGCUGGGGGAGCUUCAGGCCCUCUGCCACUUUGCCCAGCUGGGCAGCGCCCACUUCUGGGGCAUGAUGACGCUGGGAGGCCUGUUUGGCUUCGCCAUUGGCUAUGUGACAGGACUGCAGAUCAAGUUCACCAGUCCCCUGACGCACAACGUGUCGGGCACAGCCAAGGCCUGUGCCCAGACGGUGCUGGCCGUCCUCUACUACGAGGAGACCAAGAGCUUCCUCUGGUGGACGAGCAACAUGAUGGUGCUAGGGGGCUCCUCUGCCUACACCUGGGUCAGGGGCUGGGAGAUGAAGAAGAUUCAGGAGGACCCCAGCCCCAAAGAGGACGAGAAAAGCAGCCUAGGGGUGUGAGCUCCUUCGGGGACUCUGGGACAGCCCGGCCUGGGGAAAAUGCCCAUGACUGCAGUGAAGUUGUCCCUUUGGACUCAGAGAGCAUGGCCUGGAGGGGAAUUCUUUACAGAACUCAUGGGAAUCUGGUGGUCAAAAUGGAACCAAUGUUUUCAAUUAAUGUCAGAACGUUGCCAAUCCUGUCUGUAACCCCUUUCCUAUUCCUGGGGGUUUGUGUUCCCCUAGGGAGGAGGGACCCCCAUGGGAAUAGCCAACUAGGUUCUCUGGAAGAGCAUAGCUCUCGGGGAGUAGGAGAGGAGCAGCACCCCCUCUUGUCUCCCUCCCAGAGCCUUCUACCUCCACAUGACUUUUGGGGUUGGGGAUGGACCACAACCUUUAAGGGACAGUAUGGCGAAGCCAGUAAAUCUUCACUUAUACUCAGGGAGAUGGGGGUGUGACCCUACCACAGGCCAACUGAAGGAAUUUAGGAGACUUCCCAUCUCUGGGCCCCAGGUCAGGCAGCUCAGCUUUGUCCCCACAAACCAGGCUUCUUUUGGAUGGAAGUGUGGGCUGGGCUGAGGGAAGAAAUGGAUAAGUGUUCUCUCUUCUCUGCACAGAGAGCAGCAGGCCCCAUGGAAGGAGGCAAAAGAGCAGUUGUACCUGUGCCUGAUCCUAGCACCCCAGGGCUGCUGGGAAGUGGCCUGGGAAUGGGUACACCAUGGGAAAGCACCCUUUCCCCAUUGUCUGCACCCCAUGUUCCCAGCUCGUGAACAUGGGGACCCACUCAUCUUUUACAGGUUAAGCAGGGUCGUCAACACCCGUCCAUCCCUGCUUCUGAGCCUCUUCCCUUGAUCUUGAAGAAUUAUGUUCUUCCCUGAGGUCAGGGCUGAAAGAACCUGUUUGUCCCCUCAUUGCACCCUCCUGGCCUCAGGGCAGCUGUCACCCUUGUCCCUUCUGUUGGCAUCUCCUUGGGUAAAUUCCUGAUGUUUUUAGUCCCUCACAAUCCCAGGUGGUUUUUUUGAAAUGGAUAGGGCCUGACGCCCUGAAUUGUGUGUGGUUUAAUUAAAAUCCUUGUAAGACUUU